AUGGUUCAACGGGCAGACCGACUGAGGAAGAUGAUGAGCCUGGUUCAGAUCUCCUCCAUGCUGCUGUGUUACCUCUGUCUGUCUCAGGGGAAGAUUUCAGAAUAUCAACUGGAGUCUGAGACCCUGAGUCAGUGUGAGUCUCUACGUGGUGGUAGUUCUGCCCGGCAACAAGACCAUGUCCCCCAGUGCUCAGAGGACGGGCGAUUCAGACACGUCCAGUGCAGCGGUGCUGGUGGUGAGUGCUGGUGUGUGAACGCAGAGGGAGCUGAGAUCUCUGGAUCCAGACAGAACGGAUCAGCUGUGUACUGUCUGACGUCCUGCCAGCUCCACAGACAGCAGGCCCUGCUGAGUGGCGAUGCCCCCCUGGUGCCCCAGUGCCAGGCCUCUGGGGAGUACCAGGCGGUGCAGUGUGACAGCGCCCGGGGACAGUGCUGGUGUGUAGACCUGGAAGGCAUGGAGCUCUACGGGACCCGGCAGAACGGAAAGCCCUCUCAGUGCCCAGGCAGCUGUGAGGUGAGGUCGAGGCGUCUCCUCCACGGCGUCGGGGAACGCUCCCCCCCUCAGUGCUCGGCCGACGGCUCCUUCCUGUCCGUGCAGUGCAAGUUUGUCAACACCACUGACAGGAUGGUAUUGGACCUGCUGCACACGUUCAACAGGUUCCCUAAAGUAUUCCAGACGUUCAGCAGCUUCAGACAGAUGUUCCCAGAGGUGUCCAGUUACUGUUUCUGUGCUGACAGCAGAGGCAGGGAGCUCCCCAGCACAGGUGUGGAGCUGCUGCUAGAUGAGGUGUACGACACAGCCUUCUCAGGUCUGGAACCAGGUCGCUCCUUCUCCCAGACCAACAUGUACCGUAUCCUACAGAGGAGGUUCCUGGCCAUCCAGCUGGCGAUGACUGGCAGGUUCAGAUGCCCCAGCCCUUGUGAGAGCGAGCGAUCCGCUGGUGCCCAAGCUGGCAAUGUGUUUGUGGCGUCCUGUGCUUCCGACGGGGGUUACGUGCCAACACAGUGCCAGGCGGGUGGGCAGUGCUGGUGUGUCGACCCCACAGGGAAGGAGAUCUUUGGGACACGACAACAUGGAGGACACCCUGACUGUGGUGCUGGAGUGAAGGACUGUACCUCUGAGCGUCGCCAGGCCCUCUCCAGGCUCCUCUCCAGCCCCUCAGGUCAGGUGCCAUCAGCCAAGGACUCACAGACACACCCAGUCCCAAGCCCUCUGUCUCCAUGCAGCCCCCAACUCCAACAGCUCCUGCUGGGGUCUCUAGGAGAGUCCCUUUCCGAGCGAUCCGAUUUAGGAGACAUCCUGGCUGAGACGAUCCAGGGGAUGUUCCCUAGCGGGGCCAUGGCCCUCAAGGCCCUAUCUCUAGCCUCCAACCCCAAGAGACUCCAGGAGAACCUGUUCGGAGGAAAGUUCUUAGGAAACGCUGGGAUGUUUAACUUCACUGGGGCCGUCGGUGUCAGUGGCACGUUGAGUUUCAGUCAAGCCAGUCUGGCAAACAACCAAGAUCUGGUUCAACUCAUCAGCGCCACCCUGGAAAACGGAGACUUCCUCUCCACCCUACGCCAAACCAUCCUCUUAUCCAAAGCCGAGGACAGCACCCAGCUAGGUGAGCUGUUCAGGGUCCUGUUUGAGAGCGCCCAGUCCAGUGGUGCUGGUUGUGAGAGGGAGCCCUCUGCCCUGUACGUGCCCAGCUGUGAUGACAGUGGCCAGUAUCAGGAGAUCCAGUGCCAAGGCUCGGAGUGUUGGUGUGCUGACCCCCAGGGUCAGGAGGUCACAGGGUCACGUUUCAAUGGUCAAAGGCCAAGGUGUCCGUCACGAUGCGAGAGGGAGCGAGCGGCUGCUCAGAAGGUGAAGUCAGGCCAGGCUGCUGGGGUAGAGGUGUUCAUGCCGAAGUGUGCGGAGGACGGGAGCUACGUGGCCUUGCAGUGUCUGGGAAAGAGUUGCUUCUGUCUGGACCUCCUGGGAGAGAGACACGCCACUAUCCCUUCAGGACAGACUGUUCAGUGUCCUCCCCCCCUCUCUCCCCUUCCCUCCCCAGGGUCAGCUCCAGGCUCCUGUUCCCUGGCGGUGGCUGAGGUGGACCAAUUCCAGGAGGAGGCUGAGCGUCUGGUCCUCCUCUCCAACAGCUCCCACAUCCCUCUGGGCUACAGCUACCUGCUGGCUGAAGGUCUCCGUCUGACCUCUGACGAGCUACUCCACGCCCUCUCCUCCUCCGACCAGACCACGCUGCUCUCUGAUAGGCUGCUGAGCCACUCACACUCUGCUCUACGACUUGCUGCCCACUCCACUCUGCGGUUCUAUUGGCAGAGCCAGCAGGCAGCAUCUGUGGAGGAGAGACCGUCUCUACUGCUGGGAUACCAGCCCUACAGGCCCCAGUGUGAUGCCCACAGACAGUGGCUGCCCACCCAGUGCCACCCCAGCACAGGUCAGUGUUGGUGUGUGGAUGAGGAAGGAGGAUACAUCCCAGCUUCCCUGACCAGUCGCUCCCUGCAGAGACCACAGUGCCAGACCCGGUGUCAGAGAGGUUAUGCUCAGGCUCUGCUCUCUGAUUGGACACAGUCCUCCUAUGACCCAACUUGUGAAGUGGUGAAUAUCCUCAGUGGCCAGUUCUCUGUGCUCCAGAAGGGGUCUUCAGGUGGAGGUGGAGCCUGGUGUGUCAGUCCUGUUUCUGGGGAAACCAUCCAGCCUGCUACCCUGAGUCCCAGUGGAGACCUCACAUGUCCUAGCUGGUGUCAGUUGUUGACAGACAGAGGUCAGUCUGUGGUGGGUUAUGAACCGGAGUGUCAGGUGAAUGGAAGGCUGUUCUCCCCACUGCAGUGUGACCAGACAGACUGCUGGUGUGUGUCUCAGACAGAUGGACAGGAGCUGCCUGGAACCAGGACGCCACGUGGCCCCGGGAAGACGCCUGCCUGUGACAGUCCCCAGUGUCCCUCUCCUUUCUCUGACAUCACCGUUACCUACGGUGACGUGGUCUGUCGCUCUGACGUGAUUGGUGGCCAGCAGAACUGUGACCUCAUCUGUCACCUGGGUUACGAAAGCACACUUCCUGUAAACAUGCAGUUACUUUGUGACGUGGAGACCAGAGCCUGGGUGACAGAGGCCCCACUUCCUCAAGCCUGCCAGAGACUUCAGGUGCUGCAGACCGUCCAGACCUCUGUGGUGCUCCAGCUCCCCCUGCGUCCAGACCAGGGACCCUGCAGCUCCUCCCUCCACUCCAGCCUGCAGACCUCUCUACUCCACGACAUGAGGGCCCAGGGUCUCUGCAGCCUGCAGGUUGUGUGUGAUGAGUCGUCCGUCUCUGUGUCAGUGUGUGAUGAGUCGUCCGUGUCUGUAGAGUGUGUGAGUGAGGAAAGCAUCAGUGUUCAGGUCAGCUGGAGGGCUCUUCUCUCAGACCUUCCUGUCUCUGUUCUGCCUGACCUGCAUGACGUCGAUGUAGCGCUCAGUGAGGACAGGCUGUUGGAUGGGCUGCUAGGCCUGAUGGGUAGUGACCCCUACCGCUCCCUCUUGACCUCUGAACCCAGAGUCCUCUCUACCUCAGCACCCAACUUUGGCUGUUCCCAUGGCUACCAGCGUGUUGGAACCGGAUGUGUGGUGUGUCCUGCGGGUAUGUUUUCCAGUGGAGGUGUGUGUUCUCCCUGUCCUCAGGGCUCCUACCAAGACCAGGAGGGGUCAGACUUCUGUACCAUGUGUCCUACAGGCACGUCCACUAACGGAGCUUCAGCUGCCACACAGUGUUUGACAGAGUGCCAGCGCAGUGGCCUGAGGUGUUCAGAGGCAGGGGACUUCCUGUCGGCCCAGCAGGACAUCCAGACCAGGAGGUGGCGCUGUGUCACAUCCAGCGGAGAACAGCUGGAGUGGACAACCACUAGCCAGCCUCUGUCUGAGGGAGAAUGUUCAGUUCUGCAGAGGUUUGAGACAGUUCCCAGAUCAGAAGACUAUGUCGUCCUCAGCUCAGAGACGUCAAACACGACCACGGAGAAACAACUCAGGACGUGUGUGUCAGUGUGUGAUGAGUCGUCCGUCUCUGUAGAGUGUGUGAGUGAGGAAAGCAUCAGUGUUCAGGUCAGCUGGAGGGCUCUUCUCUCAGACCUUCCUGUCUCUGUUCUGCCUGACCUGCAUGACGUCGAUGUAGCGCUCAGUGAGGACAGGCUGUUGGAUGGGCUGCUAGGCCUGAUGGGUAGUGACCCCUACCGCUCCCUCUUGACCUCUGAACCCAGAGUCCUCUCUACCUCAGCACCCAACUUUGGCUGUUCCCAUGGCUACCAGCGUGUUGGAACCGGAUGUGUGGUGUGUCCUGCGGGUAUGUUUUCCAGUGGAGGUGUGUGUUCUCCCUGUCCUCAGGGCUCCUACCAAGACCAGGAGGGGUCAGACUUCUGUACCAUGUGUCCUACAGGCACGUCCACUAACGGAGCUUCAGCUGCCACACAGUGUUUGACAGAGUGCCAGCGCAGUGGCCUGAGGUGUUCAGAGGCAGGGGACUUCCUGUCGGCCCAGCAGGACAUCCAGACCAGGAGGUGGCGCUGUGUCACAUCCAGCGGAGAACAGCUGGAGUGGACAACCACUAGCCAGCCUCUGUCUGAGGGAGAAUGUUCAGUUCUGCAGAGGUUUGAGACAGUUCCCAGAUCAGAAGACUAUGUCGUCCUCAGCUCAGAGACGUCAAACACGACCACGGAGAAACAACUCAGGACGUGUGUGUCAGCUUGUGCCCAGGUCCAGACUUGUCUUUACAUCGUCCUUUACGCUGAAGAAGGACAGAGUCACUGUGAACUCUACAGCACCGACGCUGCUAACAUCCGAUGCCAAACCUCUGAGCAAACCAAAGGGUUCCUGGGAAAUGCAGGUGCUGAUAUGUUCCAGAACCUGAGCUGUUCUCUGAAGGUGAACGGGGCUGACAGACAGAACGUCACGGUCAUCAGGAAGAAAGGUCAUGAAUUCACCACUAAGGCCCAGAAGACCUUUGAAAGGUUGAGUUUCCGUAAGGCCAGUUCUGGUGUGUACCGUACCGUGGUGUUUGCAGCUGAAGGAACCACUCUGACCGACGUCCAUCGUUUCUGUCAGGACGAGUGUACCCAGAACACCUGCUGUGACGGCUUCAUCCUCAACCAGAACGUUCUCAGCGGAGGUACCAUUAUGUGUGGUCUGCUGAGCUACCCAGACAUGUUGCUAUGCAGUGAGGCAGACUGGGAUGUGUCUGGCCUGGCCAAGGCGAACAGGAUCUGUGGGGCUGGAGUCACCUACAAUAAACUGCAGAAACAGUUCAUCUUUAACUUUGGAGGACAAGACUUCAACAUCACUGAUACAGCUCUGCCAACAUCAAGCAAGAACAAAACUGACUACCAGGCCACCAUUAUUGGGUUCCAAGGCAUUUACCUCUGGAAAGGUAUUGAACAUUUAAUUCCUUAUACCUCCCCAGCCUGUAGCAGUGUCCUCCCACAACAAGCCCCCAGAGUUGUUCUGUCGGAUGCAGUGAAGGAGACGUUUGUGACCCUGGACAGCAGUGCUGUUGUUGUGGACUCUGAACGGGACAUCCCCAGCCUGCACUACUGGAUCUUUAAACAUCAGUUCUCUGCACAGGAGGCUCAGCUGUGGUGUCUGAAACGCUGUGAGGAGGAGGAGCUGUGCCACUUGGCUGAUGUGAGAGAUGAGAGCUCAGUGUACUUUACCUGCGCCCUGUACCCAGACACCCAGGUGUGUGGGGCCUACGACAAACCCCUGAGACAGGCCUGCAGCCCUGUGCUCCCCCAGCAACCCCACACCGCUCACACCAAGAAGGGUGAGUUUUUAACUCCAGCAACCCCACACCUCACACACCAAGAAGGAGACCUGAGGGUAAGAGGUUACCUGAGUGACAAGCCUAUCACUGAGGGGUUCCGUGAGUGUGAACGGAGAUGUGAUGAAGACCCGUGUUGCCGUGGAAUCGGAUACGUCAGGGACACACAGUCACCUGGAUCAGACGUUCUCUGCCUGACUCUGAACAGCUUUGGUAUCCAGACGUGUGGUGAAGGAGAACGGACAACCUGGAGAGUCCAGGACUGCACCCCCUCCAAAGUAGAAACCGGAGUGUAUCCGCUUGGCUGGUACGAGAAACCAGUGAACCAGUGGACUAAAUCACCACGGUUGUGCCCCAGUUUCCAACUACGUGCUCCUUCAGAGAACGUGAGUUUGAGUGAGUGGAGACUCCUGGAUGUGUCCUCUACUCUGGUGGAUCCGUCCGUCUCCACGUUUGACAUUAUUCACAUCAGUAAAGACAUCGCUGAGGACCUGGACAGGACCAGAGACUGGUGUCUGUCUGCCUGUGAGGAGGCUGAGUCCUGCGUUGCGGUGUCAGUGGGGCGGACCGACUCGGCUGUCCGCUGUGUCCUCUACCCAGACACCCUGGCCUGUGGCCCCUCCACUACCACCACCGGAGGUCAGGACUGUCGGCUGGUCAUCAGAGAGUCAGCUCUCCAGGUCUACCUCCACAAAGAACCCAAGGUGACGUUGACGUCAGUGUUUAUCCCGGCUCACGGAACGCUCCAGGGAUCGUCCGUGACAACGCUGCUCGGGUCAGACAGGAAGACAGUCAGACAGUUCUUGGGAGUUCCGUACGCUCGUCCUCCUAUCAGAGCCCUCCGUUUCGUACCCCCACAGCCUGCUGAAUGGAGUGGCACAUGGAACGCCACGGUUACCAGACCCAGUUGUCUGCAGCCUGGAGCUGUGGAGUCAUCAGCCAGCAGUGAGGACUGUCUGUACCUCAACAUCUUCGUCCCCAGCGGCAUCGUAAGGAGUGCAGCGGUCCUGGUGUUCUUCCAUAACCCGUCUGGAGCAGCCAGCGAUGACACAGCAUCUCUACUGGACGGCUCCUACCUGGCUGCCGUCGGCAACAUCGUCGUGGUUACCGUCAACACCAGGGUUGCAGCGUUCGGAUUCCUCAGCACAGGGACCACAGCCCUGCCAGGUAACGCCGGCUUCCAGGACCAGGUAGCCGCUCUGAAGUGGGUCCAGGAGAACAUUGAGGCGUUCGGAGGUGACCCCAGGCUGGUGACGGUGGGGGCAGAGCGGAGUGGAGCCGACGUGGCCAGCCUACAUCUGACCUCCCCCUCCUCGCGAGGUCUCUUCGACAGGAUGCUGCUCAUGGGUGGCUCUGUGUUCUCCCCUGCCUCAGUGCUGAGUGGAUCCAAAGCCCAGGGGCAGGCUGAGGCUCUGGCCCGGGAGCUGGGCUGUCCCCCCUCCUCUGACCCAGAACAGCUGGGCUCCUGCCUGAGAGCAGCUCCAGCACAGGACCUCAACGCUGCCCAGACCAAGUUGCUGUCAGUCAGUGGGCCCCUGCAGGCUUGGGGUCCAGUGGUGGAUGGGGUCUCUGUCCAGGGGAAACCCUCCAUGGCCCUGAUGAAUGCAGGCUUCCACAGAGCUGACCUGCUGCUGGGCUCCUCCGCAGAGGAUGGACUCAUCAGCAGGGCCAAGAGGAUCAAGAACUUUGAGGAGCUCCAGGGGCGAGCUGACAGUAAAACAGCAUUCUACGAAGCCCUGUCCAACUCUCUGGGUGGAGACGAAGCCAAUGCCUUUGUCAAGGCUGCAGCCACCUGGUUCUACUCCAUGCAGCACUCUCCCUCUCCAGCUGGCUACAACCUCUUCUCUCAGGCUCUUAACAGUGCAACCAGAGAUCUCUUCAUUGUGUGUCCCACCAUAAAGAUGGCCAACUUCUGGGCAGCUAACACCAGAUCCAAUGUGUUCAUGUACCACCUGCCUGAGGACACCGCCCAGACCAGUGCUGACCUGUCAGUACCCCUGGAUGUCCACUAUGCCUUUGGCCUCCCCCACAGCCCCCUGACCUAUGACCUGUUCACCAACACAGAGAGACGCCUCUCCCUACAGAUGAUGACCUACAUGGCCAACUUCAUCAAGUCCGGAAAUCCCAACCAGGCUCACAGAGUGUCCCGCGUGGCCUUCAGUGAGGCGGCGCUGCCCCUCUGGCAUGCCUUCCAGUCUCACCCUGAGGGGGACAGCUAUAUGGAGGUGGAGCCAGGCCUCAGCAACCACAGGGGCCUCCGCAGGGCCCAGUGCUCCUUCUGGGCCGACUAUGUCCCCUCUCUGACCGCCUCCACUGGCAAACUUUCAUCUGCUGUGUUGGAAGGGGAAUCUGCUGGUUUGGGGGCUGGAACUCCAACACCAGAAACCAAGUUAUUUGUUGAUUUCUUGACAACUGUCACCCAGAGCAAACCCAAGUCAGAGAAGGAUGCUUAUAAUUAGAAAGAACAUCCACACUACGUAUCGUCUAAUCUGCAUUUAGCGUUUAUCACUCACACAUAGUGAGAAAUGACAUGUUGUUUCAACUGCCAAAGUAGUCGGUAAAUUAAGUCGUGUCAUUUAACUGCCUGUUUAGUUUCCAUACAAAUGAAAUAAAACAAUAAAACA